AUGUCGUACAACCGACUUGACCCUUCGCAGGACGAUGAUCCUCAUGAUCUCGGGAUGAAUCCAAAUUGGCCGGACCCCAAUCGCAUCCCGUCGCCGGGCAGGCCGUUUCAUGGCUACCAGUUGGAGGACACUCCAUCCAGGCCAUAUGGACGCCUGGAAAUGCCUUCAGCAGACCGGCUGGCUGACCAACCAACUUACUCGGUAGAGAACAUAGACAACUCCUACGGCCAUAACGAAGCCUACGAAAUUGCCCACCCGUAUCGACAUUCCCCUUUUAUGCGCACAGAAUAUUCAAUUUCACCCGAAGCUCAUCAUGACGCAUACUACACCCAGCCAUACCAGCCCACUGCCUCGCCAUCCGAUUAUGAAGGGAGCCACAUUCCCUCUCAGACUCCACGGCCCUAUCAGGACGACGAGGUGCCCAUUUUGCAUCAACGACAUGAUUCAUACGGCCCAAAUUCUGGGUUGACGGCAUUUGACGAGGCUGCCAUUGCUCCUACUCCCAGCCCCGCACCUAUAAGAAGAUGGAAGACGGUGAAGGAAGUCCAGUUGUUCAACGGCAAUUUGGUCUUGGAUUGCCCCAUCCCACCGAAGCUGCUGAGCCAGGUAAACCAUGCAGCACCCCCCGAGCGCGAUGAAUUCACCCAUAUGCGCUACUCUGCUGCGACUUGUGACCCAGCCGACUUUUACAAUGAGCGUUUCACACUUCGUCAGAGGCUAUUCGCAAAACCCAGACACACGGAACUGUUCAUUGUGGUGACCAUGUACAACGAAGAUGACUUCCUCUUCGCAAGGACUAUGAUUGGCGUAUUUAAAAACAUCGAGUACAUGUGCUCGCGAACCAACAGUAAAACUUGGGGUAAGGAGGCGUGGAAAAAAAUCGUUGUCUGCGUUGUCAGCGACGGACGUGCCAAAAUCAACCCGCGAACUAGGGCUGUCUUGGCUGGGUUAGGCGUUUAUCAAGAUGGAAUCGCCAAGCAACAAGUCAAUGGCAAAGAUGUUACUGCACACAUCUACGAGUAUACAACGCAGAUAGGCAUGGAACUGAAAGGCAACCAAGUCCAUCUGAAGCCGCGGUCUGGAGUCCCUGUUCAGAUGAUUUUCUGCUUAAAGGAGAAGAAUCAAAAGAAGAUCAACUCCCAUCGAUGGUUCUUCCAGGCCUUUGGUCGCGUUCUUGAUCCCAAUAUCUGUGUGCUUCUCGAUGCCGGAACCAAACCAGGGAGGGACUCUAUCUACCACCUGUGGCGCGCUUUCGACUUACAACCCAUGUGUGGGGGCGCCUGUGGGGAGAUUAAAGCCAUGUUAUCCCAUGGAAAGAAGCUGAUCAACCCCCUGAUAGCUGCGCAAAAUUUCGAGUACAAAAUGAGCAACAUUCUUGACAAGCCACUGGAAUCCUCUUUUGGGUUUAUCUCCGUGCUUCCCGGCGCGUUUUCCGCCUAUCGAUAUGUGGCGUUGCAGAAUGACAAAAAUGGCCAGGGACCCCUGGAGAAAUAUUUUGCUGGCGAGAAGAUGCACGGCGCAAACGCUGGCAUCUUCACGGCGAAUAUGUACCUGGCAGAAGAUCGGAUCCUAUGUUUCGAACUCGUCGCCAAACGCAACUGCCAAUGGAUCCUACAAUACGUCAAAUCAUCCACCGGCGAGACUGAUGUCCCUGACCGAAUGGCCGAGUUUAUUCUCCAACGCCGUCGUUGGCUGAACGGAAGUUUUUUCGCAGCUGUCUAUUCCAUUGCACAUUUCUAUCAGGUCUUCCGGAGUAACCAUAGCGCUACACGGAAAUUCAUGUUCAUGAUUGAAUUCAUUUAUCAAACGAUUAAUAUGUUAUUUGCUUGGUUUGCUAUUGGUAAUUUCUUCCUAGUCUUCCACAUCCUCACCAAGUCUCUCGGUGCCGCAAGUCUGCUAGGAAACGCUGGGCGCAUCCUCGGAGUGGUAUUCGAAUGGCUCUACCUCGCAACGCUCUUAACAUCCUUUAUACUGGCUAUGGGAAAUCGGCCCCAAGGUUCGAACAAGUUCUACAUGACCAUGGUCUAUUUCUGGAUUGGGAUCAUGAUAUAUCUCACAUUUGCCGCCAUUUUCAUAACCGUGAAAUCGAUCCAGGCCGAGACGAUGGAUGGCAAAUUUAGCUUGUCGUCAAUUUUUAGUAACCACCAGUUCUUCUCUAUGAUUGUGUCACUCAUGUCGACGUACGUGCUGUGGAUUGUUGCGUCGCUGCUUUUCUUUGAUCCUUGGCAUAUGUUAACCUGCUUCCUUCAAUAUAUCCUCCUCACCCCAACAUACAUCAAUGUCCUAAACAUCUACGCCUUCUGCAACACCCACGACAUAACUUGGGGCACCAAGGGCGAUGACAAAGCCGAGAAACUCCCUUCCGCUAACCUAAAACCCUCAGGAAAAGUCGACGUCGCCAUCCCACAAGACGAUGGCGACUUAAACGCCCAGUAUGAAGCCGAGCUAGCCAAAUUCGCCUCAAAGCCGCCCAAGGAAGUACGUGCAUUCUCUGACGAGGAAAAGCAGGAGGACUAUUACCGCGGUUUCCGGUCCGCGGUGGUUCUUGUGUGGAUCUUUUGUAACUUUGCGCUUGCGGCAGUUGUGCUGAGUGCAGUAGGGUUGGAGAGGAUUAAUCCGGACAAUACCUCUGGGGAACAACGGAGUACGAUUUAUAUGGCUGUGGUGCUGUGGAGUGUUGCCGGAUUGUCACUGUUUAGGUUCGUUGGGGCAAUGUGGUUUUUGAUUACAAGGCUGUUCCGUGGUGUGUGA